CAGCCGCCUACGCUGGGCUCCGAGUGGGGCUGGGCCCUGGGCUCUGUCUGGAGCCCUGACUCCCGGCCAUCCCCGCCCUGCCUGUGUGCAAGGCCCGCUCCCCUUGCACCAGCCUGAGCUUCGGGAGCGGCAGGAAGAGGAGGGGACCAGGCAUCGCUUUCACUUUCCCUUACCCAGAGCUCCUGGGAGCGGUGCCUGGGCCUGGGGCGAUGGCUGAUCGGAAGUUAAGUGACGUGCGGAUCAGGUUUGUGGAGAGCGUGAGCAAGGCCGUGAUCAGCACCCUCCUGGAUGACCUGCUGGAGAGACGGGUGCUGAACGAGGAGGAAGUGGAGGAGGUGAAGGACAGCUACAGUAAGAAGAGUGACCAAGCCAGGUGCCUGAUUGAUGGGGUGAGGAAAAAGGGUGCCAAAGCCAGCGAAAUAUUCAUCGAGCGCCUCUGCGUCAGAGAUGUCCACCUGGCCACAGAGCUGGGGCUCGGCGCCCCCUCGGGGUCUGCUGCAGAAACCCAGCAAGCGCCAUCUCAGGAAUGGAUCCAGCCCUGCCCCCGGGAAUUCGUCCAGCGGAUCCAGAAGGAGGAAGCAAAGGAGAUCUAUUCCAUCCGGGACAAGGCGACGCGAACCCGCCUGGCCCUCAUCAUCUGUAAUGUUGAGUUUGAGCGUCUCCGCAGGAGGGAUGGGGCUGACGUGGAUGUGAAAGGGAUGAAGCAGCUUCUAGAAGGGCUGGGAUACAAAGUGGAAACCCACUGCAACUUAAACGCCCAGGCCAUGGCGGAGACCCUGAAGCAGUUUGCUGCUCGGAAUGAGCACCAGACCUCGGAUAGCACCUUCCUCGUGCUCAUGUCUCAUGGCGUCAGGGCUGGCCUGUGCGGGACAAAUUGCCAAGACGAGUCCAAAGACAUCCUUCCUAUUGACACCAUCUACAGCACCUUCAACAACAAGAACUGCCAGGCACUGCUGGGAAAACCCAAAGUGAUCAUCAUUCAGGCCUGCCGUGGGGAGAACCGCGGACAGGUGUGGGUGAGUGACUCUGCAGAGCUCCCUGGAGACGGCUCCAGCCUCGCUCCGCUGCCUCCUGAAGGAUUAGAAGAUGAUGCAAGUCGCCGAAUCCACGUGGAGACCGAUUUCAUCUGUUUGCAUGCUACAACGCCAGACACUUUGUCCUGGAGAUCUCCAAAAACUGGCUCCGUCUUCAUCACCCGUCUGAUAGAGCAGCUCCGAACCAAUGCCUGCCGCUUCCCCUUGGAGGAGAUCUUCCGACAGGUCCAGUUCUCCUUUCAAGAUUUUCCUGAUCAGAUGCCCACCAAGGAAAGAACUACCAUGAUAAAAAAGUUCUACCUGUUCCCAGGUCAUUAGAACCAGCCCACAAUAAGACAGAGCAUGUCCCAUGGGGGCCCUGCCGCAGUCAGCAUCAGCACCUUCCUGAAGGACAGCGUCUGCACAUUCAGCAUUGGCACAAAGCUCCUGCUGCCUGCACACUUUCCUCUGAACUGCCAGAAGUGCCUUCAACUUCUCACCAAAGCUCCUGCCGCCUGCACGCUUUCCUCUGAACUGCCAGAAGUGCCUUCAACUUCUCACCAAAGCUCCUGCCGCCUGCACGCUUUCCUCUGAACUGCCAGAAGUGCCUUCAACUUCUCACCAAAGCUCCUGCUGCCUGCACGCUUUCCUCUGAACUGCCAGAAGUGCCUUCAACUUCUCACCAAAGCUCCUGCUGCCUGCACACGUUCCACCUGUAGCUUUCCUCUGAACUGCCAGAAGUGCCUUCAACUUCUCACCAGCCCCUUCCUUUGUGGAAGUGCCUCCUCUUUGUGACAGGACAACGGUAGCAUGAGCCUGAAGGUCCUGCUGCCACAUCUCUAUAAAAUGGCUCUUCCUAGCAAGGGACAGCAGAACCCCCCAGCUAUCUAGCUCCUACAGCACUGGCAUCCCAGAGGACUCUGUCCCUGAGAUCCAGUUCACACUCUGAUCAUUCCCCUCCGGUAGCCGGACUUUGAGUCCCCAGGACAGUCAGACAAGUGAGUCUCAGCCACAUCCUUCUUGGUAAAUAGCUGGCGUCUCCCAUUAAGGAUAGCAACAGCAGGGGCGUCUUCACUGUAGUUAGCCCAGGCUCCUGUCCCCUCCCUUCCGCAUACAAAACCCUCUCAUCUGGGCUUGCCACCCGGGUUAGCUGCCCCAGCUGAGGAUGGCUUCGAGCGUGGUGCUGCUUUCACUGGGGCUGGGAGCCUGCCCACUUUGCCGCGAGGAUGCAGCUAAAUCACUCGAGUGCUGACUGUGCACCUCUGCCUUCCCACAGUCCCUCCCAGGUGCCCAGGACAGGCGUGUCCCACUAACACGCUGGGAAAGAGUCAUGCAGCGUCUCACCUUACAGCAGCACAAAGAACCAUGGGCUUUGCCCCAAAUGCGCUAGCGACUCGCAGGGGAGCGCAGCACCAGUGUGGAUGCAGUAACUCGGUGGGGCUUUGCAACGUGGCUGCUCCCGGCCAGGUUAGACUAACCCAGUGCUCUCACCCGGGCUGACUCUGGGAACGCUCGUCUGCUGAACUCUGAGGGGAACAUGGAGUGUGGCAGCAGCCGCCUCCUCCCGCUAUCAGCGAUUCAGACCCCCUGGAAUGGAAGGGGCCUGUGUCUUUUCCCCUGACAGUGAGGCCGGGUUGACUGAGCUCACUCCAAGUCAUCCCCACUAGAUGGCAGCCAGGCUGAGCCUUGAAUAGCUGCUGUGGGGAUUUCCCAACCUCACUGAGCUGUUCGCUACCUUGUUCUCGGUCUUCGUAGUUACAGGGCCACAUUCUGCCCGGUGUCAGCUCCAGACUUCGAGUGCCGAGGCUGCAAGUGGCCCAUGAAAUUUGGGUUAGUGCUUAACCCACAUUUCUCUAUUAAAACCUAAGCCUGUUACUUCUGUCCUUGGCCGCAGUGCUGAGAGCCGAUCCCUUUCCCCAAUAGAGCAGCCCUUUCCAUCCUUAGUGAUGAGCGAGAGACACCCAUCUACACCACUGCAAGGCAAGACCAUCAGGAAGGGAGCAGGGUUCUUUGGUGUGCUCCAUGGGGGUAGAACUAGGAGUAAUGGGGUGAAGUGAUGAAAGGAGAAUUUCGCGUUGUUGCUUUCAGGGCUACUCCUAUGGCUGGGGUGAGGGAGUAAGUGACUCCUGGGACCAGAGGUGUCCUUGCCCCUCUCAGCGGUUGCGUUGAUUUCUGGGCACACUUUCUCUGGUUUCCGUCUCAUUGCCUGUGGUUACUUUUAUAGCUGGUUCACCAUGUUCUUGAAAAGCGAUGAGUGUAGGCAGGGCCGGCUCUACUGUUUUUGCCGCCCCAAGGAGUGUGCCGAAUUGCCACCGCGGAUGGCAGGGGCAGUCUGUGUGCCGUUAGGGCGGCAUGCGUGUUUCUGCGGCAGCGGCAAUUCAGCGGCAGCUUCUGUCUUCAACCAGAAGACACUUCGCUAGUCUCUCUCAGAAAAUGGUGGUACCUCUGUAACACUGACAGAUCCCUGUCCUGUCCCUGGCUUUUACUUCGCUGCCCUGGAAAGCUGAACAUAGAAGCUGCCGCCGAAUUGCCGCCGCGGCGGCAGCGGAAAUGCGCGUGCCGCCCUAAGGGCACUCGGACUGCCCCCGCCGUCCGCGGCGGCAAUUCGGCUCGCUCCUUGGGGGCAAAAACACACAGACUGCCACCCCUUGCAGAUUGCUGCCCCAAGCACCUGCUUGGAAUGCUAGUGCCUGGAGCCGGCCCUGAGUGUAGGGACGGGAGCGGCAGUUUGGGGGGUCUUAGAGACAUCAGAACCCAUCUCGGGGCCAGUUUAAAAAAUACUUUUCUGUGCUUGUGAGCACCUCUUUGUGCCCUCAUUUCCAGAGACACCGAGAACCAGCAGUUCCUGUUAGCUCCAGUUCGAUUUCAUACAUUCCAAGGAAAAAAGGGACCAUUGUGACCUUCUAGUGUGACCUCCUGUAGAGCACAGGCCAGAGACCUGCCUGAACAUAAUUCCUAGAGCAGAGCUUUGAGAAAAGCAGCCCGUCUUGGCUGAAAAAUUGCCAGUGAUGAACAACCCACCAGGACUCUUGGUAAAUUGUUCCAAGUCCAGCUGUGGGUGCUCAGCCCUCCUAGAAAUCAAGCCCUUGGUACCUCCCAGACUUCUCUGAUUGUAUUCCCAAAGCAGAGCUAGGAGAACCUGGGGCUCCAUGCAGAGUAUUUCUCCCGGAAACGCCAGCCCCUCAGGGACCAUGAAGUGGUGCAAGGACAUCAGCCUCUGCAAUGCAGGCUCCAUCACAGCCCCCGCUUGGUGCUAUUGCAUUAGAAGCAGCGAAAUCCCCAGCUGUCUGAACCCACUUCUGCAGCAACACCUAAAGAGUCAUCACUAUCCCUCUUUCCUGCCAUCGAGGGGCCGCAAGGAACACUCCAUAUUUACUAAUCAAACUCAACUCAGUGCCUGCUAAGCCAACAGCUACAGUGUAGGACUAAGGUAGCAGAAAAAAAGGGAAGAGAUGGGGGCCGGGAGCGACUGUGUCUGAACCUGAGGACUGAGGUAUAAUAGUGUCUGCAUGCGUCUCGCCCACAGAAUUCCUUUGUACAUUGAAAAUGGGCCUUUCACAACGUUCUGCCAAAGGGCCUCACAUUCAUGCACUGGCUUUGCCUUUGCAAGCAGAAGGGGAAGUGCCUUUUCCUCCUUAUGCUUUGUGUCUGUCUGCAACCUCUGACCCUCCCUUCAGAUGCUGUUAGGCUUACUGGCCUGUGAUUGCCAGGACUGCCUCUGGAGCCUUUUUUAAAAAUCAGGGUUGCAUUAGCUACAUUCCAGUCAUCUGAUAGAGAGGCUGAUUUAAGCAAUAGGUUAAAUACCACCAUUAGUAGUUCUGCAAUUUUAUAUUUGAGUUCCUUCAGAACACUUUGGUGAUACCACCUGGUCCUGGUGACUUAUUACUGUUUAAUUUAUCAACUUGUGACAGAGCCUCUUUUAUUGACACCUCAAGCUGGGACAGUUCCUCAGAUGUGUUGCCUAAAAAGAAUGGCUCGGGUGUGGGGAUCUCCCCGUAUCCUCUACAGUGAAAACCAAUGCAAAGAAUGUAUUUAGCUUCUCUGCAACACCCUUGUCUUCCUUCAGUGCUCGUUUAGUACCUCGAUCACCCAGUGGCCCCACUGACUGUUUGGUGGGUAUACUUAAAAGAAAUGUUGCUGUUAGUGUUUGUGUCUUUGAAUUCGUUCUUGGCCUGCCUUAGCAUACUUUUCCACUGACUUGGCAGAACUUAUGCUCCUUUUUAUUUAUUUUUCAGUAGGAUUUGACUUCCAGUUUUUGAAGGAUGCCUCUAACCACUUAUUUUAUUCUGCUGUUAAGCUAUGGUGGCAUUUUUGGAGGGUGAGGGUACAUAAGAACGGCCGUACCGGGUCAGACCAAAGGUCCAUCUAGCCCAGUAUCUGUCUACCGACAGUGGCCAAUGCCAGGUGCCCCUGAGGGAGUGAACCUAACAGGCAGUGAUCAAGUGAUCUC